UAGCUCUACUUCCGCUUUCUGUCGGUAACCGGUGAAACACAUGUGGAUUGUAACGAUAUGGCUAGUAGCUUUAAGGAAGAAUAAUGAUGAAUAAUUUAAUGAUGAUGAGAUGUUUUAACAUUUCUAAAACUGCUGUCCUAAAAAGCAGUCGAAUUUCAUUAACUUUGAGACCGAUUGCAUGUCAUUUUCGUUCUGGACUUCGGCUUCAAGGUUUACAUUUCUGUGGAUGUCAAAAUCGUCUUCGCUUGGGAGUUUGUCGACCUAAUCGAAUUGUUCGGCUCUACAGCUCACAGGAGGAUCCAAAUGCAUUAAGAAGACGCCCACAACUUCUAUUUGCAAUAUACCUCUCAUUUUUCAUGGGAGGAUGUCUUAUCUUUGCCAUAGUUUUACGAGAGUUUGAUGAAUCCAAACAGCGAUGGAAAGGGGUCGAGCGAGUGAGGGACAGUCUACAGACGGGUCGACCCCAGAUGAUUAAAUACAGGGACACAAUAUUGCCGAUUUUCGUAGAGAAAAUUCUAGACGACGUAGAAAAUUUUGAAUCUAAUGAAAACGAUAUAUGGGUCGUAUCAUUUCCAAGAUCAGGUACAACUUUGUUACAAGAAAUGGUGGACCUGGUGAAUUCUGAGGGAGACUUUGUACGAGUCCUAACAAAAACAUUAGAGGAACGAUUCCCAUAUUUUGAGUACAUGUAUCCUGGCAUCAAAAGUAUUGAGAAGAUGGAAUCACCGCGUCUCAUCAAGUCACAUCUGCCCCAUAGCCUGCUGCCAAAAAGUGUGAGAGAAGGCAAAGGAAAGAUAAUAUAUAUAGCCAGAAACCCAAAAGACACCUGUGUAUCGUACUUCCAUUUUGUACAGCUACUCAAACCCACGUUUAGGUUUAAUGGCAACUUUAGUGAGUUCUUCGACAGAUUCAUCAAUGGCAGAGUUCCCUACAGUCCAUGGUGGCGCCAUGUGAAGGAAUUCUGGGACAUCAGAGAUUCACCUAACAUUCUCUUUCUCAAGUACGAGGACAUUGUAGAGGACCUGGGAGGUACAGUGGUGACUAUUGCUGAGUUUCUGGGUAAGGAGGUACAUCCUAUGGAGGUAAAGAUGAUUGCUGAUCACUGUAGUUUUGACAUGAUGAAAGUUAACCCAAACCUCAACUUCUCAUGGUGGAAGGAGACUGGUAUCGCUGAUAAAAAAGGACAGGAUUUUAUACGGAAAGGUAAAAUUGGUAAUUGGCGUGAGAUGUUUGAUGUAAAUCAGAAUCUGCAGAUGGAGACGAUGAAGUACCUUAAACUGAAUGAGUGUGGACUGAGAUUUAGUGAGGGAGAGGAGAAGGAAGAGGAAUAGGAGACACAGAUCUGACCUUGAAAAACAGACAGAAAAGUCAGAUAAAUUGGUUAACAGCAUCUGUUUUGGCACACAGAACCUCCGAUGUAUCGGUAAACUCAGUUUUUGUCAAACAGGAACUCGGAUAUCUUAGUAAACUAGUUUUUGUGUCUCAGACAGAAACUCAGAUAUCUUGGUAAAAUGUGUUCGUGCCUCACACAGAAUCUUCAAUAUCUCUUUGAACUGCUUUUUUGACUCGCAGAGAAACUCGGAUAUCUCAGUAAACUAGUGCUUGUGUCUCGUUCAGAAACUCAGAUACGUUAAAAGGUAUUCGCCUCAACAGAAUCUUCAAUAUCUCUUUAAAUUGCUUUUCUGUCUCACACAGAUACUUUGUGAACAUUUACACUGUCAUGUGGAGGUUUUGUUAUCAGUGUAAAGUGGGUGACGCCGGGGAACGUCAGGUAGAUGUCCCGAUAUUUCAGACUAUAAGUUGUGGUACAUGUAUGUGAAUGUUUAAUCAAACAUUUUUGUGACUGUGAAUCAUGAUCAAGUGUGCAAAUUUAUACAGGAAUCAACAAUAAAGAUAUUAAACGCUAAA